AUGUGCAUGGGUCAAAAUCUGGCUACAGCGGAGAUCCACAUUAUCUUGGCACACUUCUUCCGGAAAUACAAGAUGAGCCUUCCCGAAGACUUCGUUCCUCCCCGCAAGGUCGACGUGUUCACACUUGAGUGUGAGAGGCCUGGUAUUCCGAUUAAUGUCUCUGUCCGUGAGUAA